UUGGAGCGAGAAGUUUUCCCAGAUCCCGUGGUAGAGAACCGUGUCGUUUGCUGCAGAUCCGUUCUGCUGCCAGUUGCAACAAACUGGUGGAGUGCCUGCACUCAUCACUGGUGGUGCGCUUUGAGACGAGUGACGGUGUGUGUCCCCUUCGGGAAGCCUCAGUGUGUAGUGUGUUUGUUCGAAGCAGGUGUGUGCGCCCUCCGCAGUGCAAGUGUUGCACAGCCCAACGACGCUAAUAAAGAUUAAACUUCACCCGCAAGUAUAAUGAGAAAGUCCCGAAUAAAGAAGAUUCGCAUAAAAUGAGACGACGGUGCACCGAGCAUGGCGCUCUGAUUGGUCGAGCAGCCCCCAGAGUGCGACGAAGAAGAAGAAGAAGUGAUAGUGAGCGAAGAAUUCGGCAAGUCACGCAGCCACGGCAGGAGCGAUUGAAAACGGUGGCGCCUGUGUGGACGGUACCAGCUUCCGAAACGAAUUUCACCACCGACCGCUCUCCACGUGGUGCCACAAUUAACGACCGCCACUGGAAUGGGGGGAACAAAUUUAGUGCGCUGCUUCUGGUGGCUGCCGCCGGAUGCUGCUGUUUUGGGGCAAUGGGUCCCACCGUAGUGAGAGCCAGUGAGUUUCCGGAACGGGAAUGUUGCGAUCCCGUUUAUCCACCGUUACCGGACCCGGAACCGAUACCACCGGGCGGACCGGUGCUACCGACGACCACCAUCUCGACCAGUUCCUCCGGUGGGAUGGGGGCCGUGGGAAUGGGCGGUGGAAGUGGCCUGGCAAUUUUGCCGGGCGGAAUCGAGGGUCCGGAAGGAAUCGUCGUGGGAGCUCCGGGAGGAAUCGGCCACAUGGGAGUGUCGAAGAACACGAUUGGUUAUUCGGGACCGAACAUUAAGACUGCAAUAGCUAUAUUAAAUUGUAUAUUAGCGAGACAACUGUGUUUCGAGGAUCCAUCAUGUUCCGCCAUCUUAGAAAUCAUCCCAAGAGUGUGCGGGCCAGUCCCAGUGGCCUGCAGUACAGUGACGGUUACCAAAUGCCAGGCGGCCCUGCGGACGUUGCAAGCGUUUCCGUUUUUUCGGCCGACCUGCUUGUGCAAGGAGCCCGGAAUCGAUCCAGAUUGUAACUACUUUCGGGACUUUCUGUUCGAUCAUCCGUGCGGUUUCGUGUCCAAAAAAGAAAAAGACCCGUAUCCGGUGGAUGCAUUGCCGACGUGCAACCAUGCACUCUCCGUCUGCCAGCAGGAGCGAAAGUGCAUUAAGCUAUUCGAAGAUUUCAAACUGCACUGCAAAGUGCGGGAAAACAAGUGCCGGAUGGAAGAUAGGGAAUUGUGCUACGAAGCAUGGACUAAUCUCCGAUUAUCGCCGAUGUUCGGAUGCAUUUGUCCGAACAACCACAUGAAGCGCAGAUGUGAUAAAAUAUUUAGCGUUGUUAACCAUAAUCCCUGCGUUGAUGUUCUACCUUCCGCACUUGACACCUCUUCUGGCACCGCCACCAAUUCCAUCUAUCCUAACUUUUACCCCUCGGACAUCAUCGAGGACCCACCGCCCACCAGCACCUAUCCCUAUUUUCUGUUCCCAUCCAAAAAGUACCCUCCGUCGGCUUUCGAGCAGACCAUCUACAACGGAGCGGACUACAUCAAUGUCCCAGCCGCCGGUCCCUUCAACACCACCCACCACCACUCCCAUUCCCCCGCCACCAAUCACGAUAGUGUUGCACCAUCACCACCCGCACAACAGCACCACUUCACCAGUAGCACUUCCACUAGACAUGAGCACAGUUUCGACAGCACCGCCACCGCCACCGCUAAUGUUAACCAUAAUAAUAUGCACCCAUCACCGUCGGCACCAAACCAGCACGGUACCAAGCAGCACCACCUACCGAACGGCACCGCUAGUAGUAGCAGCACCGAUGACAAUUCGCACCACCAAUCGCACCAUCACCAGCACCAGCCCGACACGCCGUGGAGCGGGGUCGCUGUGGCGCCCGAUCUGCGGCAACGGAUCGAAACCGUGCGAGCGAUGGGCAUGGACGAUAAUUAUCAUCGCUUGCUGGACCAGAACAUGGCACUGAUCGAGACUCCGCUGGUGGCUCCCGCCCAUGCCUACUUUCCGCAGCACUUCAAGACGGCCCUCUAUCCGUACAACAUCUCCGGGUACCAUCGGCAGCAGCACCAGCACGGGAUGCACGGUGGCCACUUUGGUGCGCCACACGGCAAUGGGAACGGCCAUGGCCACAAUGGUGGCAUGGAUUACGGCUACCACCUGGAGGCUUCGGUUGCCCCCGCCGUCGGCAAUAUCCUGAUCAGUAUGGACGGAGAGGACGAUGGUGCCGAUGCGGCCAUCGAGAACGGAAAGUUCUACGACAACGCGGUGGAAAGACACAUCGGAUCGGACGAUAUCGAGGAGAAGGAAGCGGAGAUGAGUUUUAUUCAUUUUCAGAGCACUUGCCAUCUGGCCAUGGACUCGUGCCGAUCGGAUUCAUCAUGCUACUCUGCCUUCAAAACGGUAAUGAUGCACUGUGACCUGCAUCGGUGCAACCGCAACGCCUGCAUGAACUCGCUUCAAAGUUUCUACAAAGGCAUCCACGACGAUCUUAGUCUGGACAUUGCAUUCUGUCUGUGCAGGAAAACCCCAAACCGCCACGACAGUUGCAUGAUUGCUCAAGAGAAACUGCAUCCGGCUUGCGCUCAGCGACCACCGGAGAACCUCACUCCGCAGGAAUCGAACGGGGCUUUGUUUAGUCCACCACCAUCGUGUCAUGCUGUAGCCGAAAUGUGCCGUCAAGAUGAUGACUGCCGCUCUCGAUUGGAAGUGUUUGAGCAGUCCUGUGCCGUGGAUAGUGUAACGAAAAAGUGCGCCGGAAGGACCAGUGCUUGCAGGCAAGCCAUGCUGGGUAUUCUCGGUACACCGCUUCGGACAAACUGUGCCUGCCAGGGAUCGGAAGUGCAGCAACUGUAUGACUGUCUCGGCUGGCAGCGAUUGCUCUGGUUGAAUCCUUGUGUCGUCGAAUCCCAGAAAGAUUUCCACUUGAAACGACUAGCUGAGCUAGGAUUGCUAACAACGACUACCACACCAACGACGACAACUAUGCGAACAACUCGCAGCACCCCGCCCCCUACUCCACCACCUACUAAACCGAAACCUGUCUACCGUCCGAAGCCAACCGUGGCGCAGCCAAUCGAAACCAACUACAUCGAAACCCCGGACACCCGUCCGGAAACCCUUGUACACAAAGGUAACGAGUUGAUAGUUCGGACCGAUUUGGAUCCUCGUCCCGAAGAGUUCGAACCCAGGGGGAAAGGUGCGCAUCCCUAUCCGGAAGUGGACCACCAAGAGGAGGACCGGGACGAAGACGAACAGUAUCGGCAUUCGAACGGCAACAAUAAGAUCACCCACCAACGACCCGACGAACAGGUGCUGCAGAUGCUAACGACCGAGGCCGAGCUCGAAACGUUUCCUCCGACGACAACCACUACGACGACCCCGGAGCCGACGACUACACCGGUGCCUAUUCGGUACUGCGUAGUUCAACGUUCGCAGCAGUCCGAUCAGCAUAUUGCGGAAGGGAAAAGCCGAAGGCUUUACAUGAUGGACGACGCCGAGUGCAGUGAGCUGUGCACCUGCGGGGCAGGGGAAACUCUGUCGCUGUCGUGUCACGCAUUGUGCGUACCAUUGGCACCGUGUCGAACGUCGCUGGCAUACUACAGUCACGCUGCGCCAGCGUACCAAGCCUACCGGGGGCGAUGUUUGUGCUACUCGGGCAGGUUCAUCUGCAUGCGACCACCGCCUGGGGAGUAUUCGCUGCCAGGCGGAAUCUUUCUGUUACUAGGUUAUAGUUCUACCGAUGAAGCACUGUUAAGACCGCACACUAAUUUAGGAGUUCAGGACGCUGUUCGUGCGCUGCAGCAAUAUGUGCUGCAGCAUAUCAACAAUGAGACCUCUUGUAUAUUAACAUUAUUCAACAUCACCGAUGAAAAUAUCAUCCUAUCCAUAAGACUACCCCCGGACUCCAAGCUUUCCAAUAUGGAGUUACUUAGACUAGAAAAGGACCAUUGUACAAAGAUCCUCGAAACCAUCAGCCACCAAAUCAACCACCAGCACGUCGAGAUGUCCGCCCACCGUUUGCUGAGCAUCUUCAAAAUGGCCGAGGUGCAGGUGGUCUGGCCGGAGGUGAGCCGGGCCACCCCAACGUCCACCACCAGAGGGCCCCAACUAUUCACUCUUCUCCUGGCGCUCGUCGCUUCGUCGGUCGUCCCCUUCGUCCGAUGGAGGCAGCUUCCGGUGCUCGAGCAAAACGUCACGUGACGUUAGGUUUCCUCAUCGAUCAUCAUCGUGCGUCAUCGUCAUAGCAUACUGAACUGUAACAUCACGUCCGAACCACGCCUGUGUGUAUGUAAGUAGAUGCGCUCGGUUAUUACUUCACCAGAAAUGAAAAACAAAAAAAACAAACAACAGAGCAAACAAUAGAUGACAAGUUGAUACGCUUCGUUAAUUCGGCUUCAUCCCAUAAUACACCCCCCUUCUCUAGAGUUGAACUAUGCAGCAUCCUGAAAGAUGUACCGAAGUUGUCUUGUUUUCCUUUUUUGUAAAAACAAAAAUCGAAUGUCACCCCUACAAGCUCACGCUAUACCUACUACGGAAACAUGUUGAAUCAUUGAACUGUUACACACUAUUGCGCCCUCUCUCAUACAAUUGUAGUUUUUAGAGGAGAGAUGAAUUGCUAUAUUAUAGAGGAGGAUAUUGUUCUGAACAUACACAAAGGGAAAAAGUUACGUUUUUUACACUAAAAUAAGUAAAUGCAAAGUGCGAGAAACGUUGUAAAAAGAUGCGAUUGGUUUUGAUUCUUUUUGAAAAAAGUCCUUUUUUGAGAGCUUUGUGGAGUGAUUGAGCAAUCGGUGUACGAGUGAGCUAAUAGUAGUCAGAAAAAUGUGUUCUAGAAAUCAAAUAUAAAAAAAUGUAAAAAAAAAAACAAAUCGAACUGGUAGCAUCGCUCGGUGAUGUUGGCGCAUGGUAAACUGAUAAUCGUAAUGUAGCGUAAUAAAUAUUUAUUUUGUGUUCGUUGUUAGUCGUGAGUAGUUAGAGAAUUUCCUCCUGGCAGUGCCGCAAAGCGAGAUGACGGUAAUGGUAUACGGCUACUGCCUCUAUGGUGCUUGUGAGCUCGUGUAUCCACUUCUAACGACUACCACAAUUGCUACUGCAUACUGAUUAAAAUAGCUGGUGAAACAAAUUGAUCAACUUUAAAGUUGUAGGGUAAGACGGUAUAAUGCGCCCCACCUGGCCAAAACGCCCCCCUUUGAUUUCUAGAAAACUAUAACUAACUAAGGGUCAAAUUCAGUUGGUACCUAUAAAUAUUUGUAAAACCAUCAUCCUAUGUGAAUAUGGGAAUAUUUUUGUAUUACAUAAUGAAAAUAUUUGCAAAAUACAAAAAGUCACAGUUUUGAUGUAACUUUUAAUGUUUGUUUGCUGAACAUUCUGGAGCGACUCUGGCAUACUGUCCGCAAAACUUGCACUGGAACACUCAGUUGGGCAACAAAAUUACUUUUC